AACUUCCACUUGUCUUGAAUGAAAUGGAAAAGAAGAGAUUUAACAUCAAUUUGGAUGAUUCUGCCUUCACUAAAGAACGAGCACCGGUUACCUCUUUGUUCAAGUCAUCCUCAAAGGAGAGUCAGGGAGAGACUUCCUCCACACAGAGUGCCCCACAACCCAUUGGUCAGCCUCUGUCAUAUGCUGAGUUUGUCAUUCAGAGUAAAAACCACAAGGCGUCAGCUCCAGCCUCUGGUUCUGAGAGACAGAAGACUGUGAAGGGAAACAGUGGGGAGCAUGGGGGGAGGCAGACCGGGGACAAGCCAGGCGCUCGUGUUGGGGACGUGAUGUCCUCCGCAGUACCCGAAAACCCUCGGAUAAAAACUGGAAACUGUGAAGGUCUAGGUUCUGGGGACGCCGUUGCCACGACAGCAGGGGCCUCGGAGCAGCAUGGCCAAGACGUGGAGGAGCAGUUAAAGAAAGAUGAAGGUCAAAGUUCAGAGGGUAAGGGGAGUGUCGCGCCUCAUCUCUUAGGGUCAGGAAGCAGCAUCAUCGUGAGCCCUCGACAGAGGGGAAAUCCCAUCCUGAAAUUUGUGAGGAACGUUCCGUGGGAAUUCGGAGACGUGGUGCCGGACUACGUCCUAGGACGGACAACAUGUGCUCUCUAUCUCAGUCUGCGGUAUCAUAAUCUCAACCCAAACUACAUCCAUGAUCGGCUGAAGCAGCUGGGCCAGUGUUUCGCUCUCAGAGUGCUCCUGGUGCAGGUCGACGUGAAAGAUCCUCAUCACGCGCUGAAGGAGCUGGCGCGUAUCUGUAUCAUGGCUGAUUGUACGCUCAUCUUGGCCUGGAGCCCUGAGGAGGCAGGCCGUUACUUAGAGACGUAUAAGUCUUAUGAGAAGAAGCCAGCGGAUGUGCUAAAGGAGCAGGUAGAGAGAGAUCACCUGUCCAAGGUGACAGACUGUUUGACCACUGUGAAGUCGGUUAACAGGACAGAUGUGGUUACACUACUCUCCACUUUCUCUUCUUUAGAUGGGAUUAUCAAUGCUUCUAAAGAGGAGCUGGUUUUGUGUCCAGGCCUAGGUCCUCAGAAGGCGAAAAGGCUCUAUGAUGUGUUACAUCAGCCUUUUCUAAAGUCGAAAAAGAUGGAAGGUUGAACAGACUCUGAAGUUAGUGUCCACUGACGCUCGGUCAGAUUCUCCAGGACCAGCGCCUGCCUGAGUGACUGUGUUCCCCACAGACUGAGUCAGGAGCCUAGCCAGGACGAAGGCUCGACGUUUAACCUUGAGAUGUCUAUGAAAAGAGGAGAUCUCUUUUAAGCAGAGAAAAUGUAGGUUGCUGACAGAUUUUACUACCCAUAGUGGGUAUGAAACAGCCUGAUAAGUGUUGUUUGACUUUUAAAAUCUCAUUGUAAAAUU